AUGGACGAGCACGACAGAGACAUUGAUAUAUCUGUUCGAGAAGGAAAUACUGGCAGCCGCGUUAAAAAGCCCAAAACUCCCGAGAAACGAAAGUUAAACAAGCAACAAAAAUAUGUUGGAUCCUGGACUAUUAAGGUUUACGAUCAUAACAUUGCUAGUUAUAAGUGCAGUACUGUUACCUUGGCUGAUAUUAGACUUAUUCGACGAAAGCUUUAUGCUGCUCCUGAUAAGCUUACGCAGGAUAUUAAGUUAUGUCACACGCUGGGUGUUUGUGAAAAAGUAAGGAAACGCUCCAACAAAGUAAUUCCAAAAAAACGCCUCCUUAAUAUUACUUAUUAUCUUCAAUCAAGAACUCAAAAGAAAUCCAUAAGAGUAUGUCAAGCUUUUGUUACCAAAAGUUUGGGAAUAUCAAAAAAUCGAUUCAAUACCGUUGCGAAAGUUAUUCACAAUGGAGGAGUGCCUAAGGAAACUCGUGGGGGCGAUCAUGUUUCCAGAAAAACAGAAGAUAAAAAAAAUAAAAUAAGAGAUUUUAUUGGAAAUUUAAGGGGUACCGAAAGAUAUUACAACAUAAAGAAGUCUGUGAGAAUAUACUUGCAAGCUAAUUUGAGUAUUGCCAAAUUGCAUAAGAUUUUUAACUCACAGCAACCUGCACAAUAUAAAUCAAGUUUAUCCAUGUUUUAUAGAAUUUUUAUGUGUAGAGAAUUUAAUAUAGGUUUUUCAUCACCUGCAGCAGACUGUUGUGCUUUAUGCAUACGUCUUAAGGACAAUAUAAGAAAAUAA